AUGGACGCCCCGGGGCCGCAGCCCGACCCCGACGCGGGCGGCGGCGGGGACGCCGCGGGCCUCGAGCCCGGGGGAGACCCCCAGGACGAGCUGGACUUCUCCAUCCUCUUCGACUACGACUACUUGCCCGGCGAAGAGGAGCCCAGCGCCCGGCAGGCGGCCAGCCCGCUGUCCCGACUCUCCGGCCCCGACGCCCGCCUGGACUAUGGCCUCCAGCCCGGGCGGGAGCCCGCCGGGGGGGCGCCCCCCGACUUCCUGAGCGCGGCCAGGCCGGCGGGGGCGUCGGGCCCGAGCCCGCGCAUCGAGAUCACGCCGUCCCACGAGCUGCUGCAGGCGGGCGCCGCGCGGCCCGGCGGCCCGGACCCGCCGCCCGAGCAGGGCCCCGCCGCGCCCCGGUUCACGCUGCCCGUGCCCGGCUUCGAGGGCUACCGCGAGCCGCUUUGCUUGAGCCCCGCCAGCAGCGGCUCGUCCGCCAGCUUCCUGUCCGACUCCUUCUCCCCCUACACCUCGCCCUGCGUCUCCCCGAACGGCGGCGGGGGGCCCGACGAGCUGUGCCCGCAGCUCCAAAGCCUCCCCGCCCGUUAUUCCUCCAGAGCCUCGCCCGUAAUGUCGCCGCGGACGGGCCUCGCCGAGGACAGCUGCCUGGGCCGCCGCUCGCCGGCGCCGCGCGCCGCCUCCCGCUCCUCCUCCCCGGGCGCCAAGCGCCCGCACCCCUGCGCCCCGGCCGCGGGCGCCGCGCCGCCCGGCCCGGCCCCGCGCGCGCCCAGCCCCUCGCCCCGGGACCCCGCGGGCGGCCCGGCCGCCGCCGGCCUCAUGGACGCCCUCAGCAGCCUGGCCGCCGACUCGCCGCCCUGUGGCACCCCGUCCAAGAUGUGGAAGAUCGGCCCCGAGCCCGCCAAGGCCGGCCCGCCCCGGCCUCUCUACCCCUCCGACUUCCUCGGCCCCUGCGAGCAGGAGGAGCGGGGGAACCCGCCCCCCGAGUCCAUCCUGCUGGUGCCCCCCGCCUGGCCCAAGCAGCUGGUGCCCGCCAUCCCCAUCUGCAGCAUCCCGGUGACGGCCUCCCUCCCGCCGCUGGAGUGGCCGCUGUCCAGCCAGGCGGGCUCCUACGAGCUGCGGAUCGAGGUGCAGCCCAAGCCCCACCACCGCGCCCACUACGAGACCGAGGGCAGCCGAGGCGCCGUGAAGGCUCCCACCGGGGGCCACCCCGUGGUUCAGCUGCAUGGCUACAUGGACUCCAAGCCUCUGGGGCUGCAGAUCUUCAUCGGGACGGCAGACGAACGCAUCCUGAAGCCGCACGCCUUCUACCAGGUGCACCGGAUAACGGGGAAGACCGUCACCACCACCAGCUACGAGAAGAUCGUGGGCAACACCAAAGUCCUGGAGAUCCCCUUGGAGCCCAAGAACAACAUGAGGGCCACCAUCGACUGUGCGGGCAUCCUGAAGCUGCGGAAUGCGGACAUCGAGCUGCGGAAGGGCGAGACGGACAUCGGCAGGAAGAACACGCGCGUGCGUCUGGUGUUCCGCGUGCACAUCCCCGAGGCCAGCGGCCGCAUCGUCUCGCUGCAGACUGCGUCCAACCCCAUCGAGUGCUCCCAGCGGUCUGCCCAUGAGCUGCCCAUGGUGGAGAGACAGGACAUGGAUGGCUGCCUGGUCUACGGUGGCCAGCAGAUGAUCCUCACGGGGCAGAACUUCACGGCCGAGUCCAAAGUGGUGUUCACGGAGAAGACCACAGAUGGGCAGCAAAUUUGGGAGAUGGAGGCUACGGUGGACAAAGACAAGAGCCAGCCUAACAUGCUUUUUGUGGAGAUCCCUGAGUACCGGAGCAAGCACAUCCGCAUCCCUGUAAAGGUCAACUUCCACGUCAUCAACGGGAAAAGAAAACGGAGUCAGCCCCAGCACUUCACCUACCACCCAGUCCCGGCCAUCAAGACGGAGCCCACGGACGAGUACGACCCCUCCCUGAUCUGCAGCCCGGCCCACGGAGGCCUGGGGAGCCAGCCCUAUUACCCACAGCACCCGAUGCUGGCCGAGUCCCCGUCCUGCCUGGUGGCCACCAUGGCUCCCUGCCAGCAGUUCCGCUCGGGGCUGUCGUCCCCCGAUGCCCGCUACCAGCAGCAGAGCCCCGCGGCCGUGCUCUACCAGAGGAGCAAGAGCCUGAGCCCCAGCCUGCUGGGCUGCCAGCAGCCGGCCCUGAUGGCGUCGCCCCUGGCCCUGGCCGACGCCCACCGCUCGGUGCUGGUGCACGCGGGCGCCCAGGGCCAGGGCUCGGCCCUGCCGCCCCCGGGCCCCGCCGGCCCGCAGGCCUCGCCCGUCAUCCACUAUUCGCCCACCAGCCAGCCGCUGCGCUGCGGGGCCCACCAGGAGUUCCAGCACAUCAUGUACUGCGAGAACUUCGCCCCGGGCCCCGCCAGGCCCGGCCCGCCCCCCGGCGGCCAGGGCCAGCGGCUGAGCCCCGGCUCCUACCCCACGGUCAUCCAGCAGCAGAGUGCCCCCAGCCAAAGGGCCCCCAAAAACGGACCCCCGGCCAGUGACCAAAAGGAAGUAUUGCCCACCGGAGUGACGAUCAAACAGGAGCAGAACUUGGACCAAACCUACUUGGAUGACGAGCUGAUAGACACACACCUUAGCUGGAUACAAAACAUAUUAUGAAACAGAAAGACUGUGAUCUUUGAUCCAUGCAAUCAAAGUGAAAGUUAAUGAAAUUAUCAGGAAAGAGUUUUCAGGACCUCCCGCCAGAAAUCAGACGUAGAGCAGCCAUCACACAAGACCAGACGCCUUGGACCCCGGCCCCUCCCUGUCCUCGCUCCUGGUCCCCCUCUGCUGGAGGCCACACCUGGACCUGGGUGUGGUCGGCCCGCGUAGGGCCACGCCCCUCAACACCGCACGGCCCCUCCUCCACUGAGCGCCCUGGGUGGUGCAUGAAGAUCUGUCCAGCGGCAAGUGCCUGCUGCCCAAAGCCGUCCUGAGAGCCACCGGAUGAGGACCGCACGGGAGACGGAGGAGACAGCCGUGGGCUCUGACGGGACACCGCGCCCCCCUCCCCGUGCAUUGGUCCAGGCCACAGAGAUGGCGCCUGUCCCCUUUGGAGGAUGAGGGCCUCGCCUGCAGGCAGCCUCGGGACCCUCCCCUCCCCUCCCCCACGCCCGCCGUGCAGCCUGCUUCCACCACAGCUGGCCACAGUGAACGCUCCUUUCCCCGUGUUCUGCCUUCUCCAGACAGAGCCACUGUCCCCACUCCUCGGCGUUAAGUUAGGUUAUCUCUUCUCAUUUUCCCUCCGCUUCAAAGAGCCGGCCAGGGAGGCUGGCGAUGGCGCCCUCUCGGCCGCCUCCCUGUACCCUGCGGCCUGCAGCUGCAGCUCACGCAGCAUGAGGCUUGGGGAGCCUCCUGCGACUCUUCCCGCCGAGGCCCCUCCAGGUAGGAAGGAACACAGGGGCGUCAGAGGUUGAGACCAGUGGCCAAAGGGCUAGCGCAGCCAAAGCCCAAGCAAAAGGAGGCGUCGCUGCAAUCACCCAAGGGCUUCUGGGAGCGGAUGCCCACCAGAUCCUUCUCUGGAAGAGCUUUCACCCAAGUGCCUUAAGCUCUGCCUGAUUCCGUGGCAGCCUCAGCCGCCCCCUCCCCCUGGCCUCCACAGCCCCCUCUGCUGGCGCAGUGUGGCACUGCACGCAUGGCAGACAGGGUGAGUGAACCAGAGGUGCGUUUUCAGCCCUGCAGCCGUUUAUGUCCCUCAUCACCAAGAGCACCGUGGAGAUGAUGUCCUGUGCGCCUCACUAAGGCUGUGCUAGUGGAUUCUUGGCCAGCAGCCUCAGCAGAAAGCCAAGGCCACCAAAUGCCCACCACCCAAGGGAAACCUGCCUUCAGUCGUGCCUCGCGUGUAUGCCCUCUCAGGAGAAAGUCCUUCCUCACCCAGGCUGGACCCCGUGGAGUAAGAUUCUCCUUUGGACAUACAGCAGGUCAACAGGAAGCUAGGUACUACUGCAGAGUUCUCCACGCUCAGUACCUCCUCCUCCACAAGCCCUUGCACCGCCAGCAGCUUUACCCACAACUUUCUCUCCAGCAAAGCAGCCGCCUUGGGGAGGGAGCGGGGAGGAUCUCCCGCAGGACUUUCCUCACUGGCCCCGGCACAGGGCCAUCUUUUGCUCAUGAGGGAACGUGGCCUUUCCUCAGUUACCUGAAUGUUUUCCUAAGUGCCUUUCUGAUACCAUAGCAAAGCAGUCCAGCCUCCUUGUCCGCGGGGUGCACAGGGUUCAUGCGUUCUGUCUGCCUCCUAACCAUGCUGGGACUGCAUGCACACGUGUGUGUAACGCACACUAAGCCUCUCCAUUUCUCUCCUACACUGUCACAGCUGGAUAGUGUCAGAAAUCCUUCCAUAAACAGCAAUACCAAAUAGCACAGGAAAGAAACGGCAUUCAUUAAGACAGAAACCAGCAAGCCGAAGUGUGUCAGACACAGACGGCUACUAAGGACAUUUUCUCAGCAGGAAGUUUUGCCGAGAGUAAUCCCUUAUGGAGCAUGUCCAGGGUGGGGACGCGCAGUGGGUCCUGUCGGUGAAGGAGAAGCAAGGGGCCCGGCGGGUGAGGAUGGGAGCGUGGGACACGCGUGUGCGCGUGCGUGAGGCGUUUCUCGGAUAAGGCAGCCUGUGCUUUGUCCGUGGAAAUGGAGAUCUGGAACGGGCUGAACUGCUGUGUUGCUGAACAUAGUGUAACGUACAGGUUUUUCAGUCUUCCUGCCUCGUGCGCGCGCGCUGCUGCUUGACGAUGUAUUUAUAUAUACACACAGCAGUCCAGAUUAGCUAGUACGCUGUUAAAUUUUAUUUUCUUACCUGUAUUUUUAUGCGUUUCAUCUGCCUCCACCUAUGGCAUCCCGUUGUUGGAAUUAGAAAAUAUUUAUAACAGAAAUCUUUUUAAGGGUCUCUUUUUGCAUAUAUGCUUUUCCUUUCAGAGAAAUGAUAUAUUCUUGAAGUUUUUUGUUUUUGUUCAUAAUGCCAGGAAAUUCCCACCCCACCCCACCCCCCAAAUGCCCCAGCUCCGAGGCUGCGCAGCACGUGACUGUCGGAGCCGCUGCGGCCGAGAAGGCUCGGGCCGGGGCUUUGUGGGAAAAGACCCCAUCUUCGUCUCUUUCCAGCCCUGCGCCUGGCUUCCGCCACUGAGGAGAGCGGGUGGAACUGAAGGACCUCGUAGGUGAUCUUGAUCUGAGAUGAGGAGAGCGUGGAAACACAUUCCGAGUGGGUGUGUGUGGGAGCCUUCGCGCAGGCUCGGGGAGGAGAGCCGCGGGGCGCGGGAGCCGCGGGCGGCGCCGCUUGGCCGCACAGGCUCCUCGGGCUCUCCCGGGAGCCCGGAGGCUCUGCCGGGGCCUGGUGCGCUCACACAGGCCACAGCACCGGAGCCGGAGCCGGAGCGCCCCCGUCCCGGGCAGUCGGGAAGCUGACGUGUUCCGGCUGUCACUUGGAACUGUUUUCACACCACAAGCACUUCCUGUCGUCCAGCAUGGGGAAGCCUGACCCUAACAAUCGCACAGACGGGGCGCGGGUUCUCACAAGCUGGGGGAACCAGCCCUGUGGGGCCCCGGCACGUCUCAGUAGGACCUGGGCAUUUGUGCGCGUGCGCACAGAGCAGCCAGCGGAACCCAGGGGUUUUCCUUCAGUCCAGCCAAGUGCUGGCAGAAAACAGCGCUGCAAACACCAGCCCCCUCGGCCUCGCUGCUGGCUCCGGUUACAGCCAGCAUGGCUGUCUUAAUGCAGUUUGUUCCAGAACAAUCUGGCAACCGGUGUGGAGGUGCUUCCCUGAGCAGGCCCCCGCUAAGCCACAGUGGGGCACAGGGAGCAAAAGGGUCUCCACGGAGCUGCAGGCAGGCUGGGUCACCCCCGCCCGCCCCCCGCGGUGGGUUCAGGGUUUGAGUGGGGUGGGUGCAGGCAUGCGGUUUCCAUGACAACAGGUAUGCCCAGCAUCCUGAUUGGCCUGAGCAGAUAUGGCCAGCAUGGCACCCGCCUUGCCGGAGGCCCGCACGCACCUGCAGCCCUGCGAGGGGAGAGGGAGCCCGGGCUGAGGCUUACACUACAGGUAGUCCCCGCGUGGGGCACGAAGGAAGGCUGGAGCUGUGGGAAAUCUCGACUGUUAAGGACUCUGGAUCCGUCACAUUCCUAUGCAAAGCGUUGUUACUCUCCCGUUGACUGUAGUUUAUUUUUGCUAUAUGUAAAGUAUUUUUAUACAGCUUGUAUUCUGACACUUCAGCAAUAAACCUUGGAAAGCAACCGCUA